GUGUACACUUCUCUGUGCUAUUCACUUCCACAACACCAGCCCAGCUCCCUCCACGUCCUGGUGACACACACAGCAAAUUCCUUCCUUCCACCUCAUUACACAGCGUAGGGGAAGCAGAGGGAUUUCAUCGCCUUGCGUUGUGUAACCGGACGCUGGAAAUGGGCAGCAGACAGAUCCCAUUGAGGAGGGCCACAUCCGCCGGGUAUAGGAUGCCAGACAGAACCACCACAAAACUGACGUCAACAUCCUCGGUGUCACUGAGCCACCCCGGGGCCAAACACCCCCCCGGCCUGUCCAAUGCGGAUAAGGAGCAGCAGACGUGGGGGGAUGCGGUCAGGCAGGACCACGUGUGGAGGGAGUUCGUGGAAGCGGAAAGGAGAGGUGAAAAGAAAUGGCAUGAAAACUGGAGCUUCCUGAAGGAGUAUGAUGCACUGGGCAAUAAAAAAGAAGUAGAAAAGCUACCUGAACAAGUGACAAUUUUCUCGGACCAAGUACCCAACACCACCAAUCAGAAUAUUGGCAGCAGAAUGAACACAGACCUAGGGAAGAGCCUCAUACACAUGGAUUUCAUUCUGACCAGCGGGAAUCAGAAGAAGAGGCUGGGAACGGAACUUCUGCCGUGUUAAUCAGAAGUACAUCAGACUGACUACAUGUCGAUAUCACAUUGCAGUGACUGAUAAACUGGAUCAUGGAUGGUUAUA